CGAAUAACUUCACAUUGAAAUGAGGUGUUCGACGUUGAUUUGUAUUUUGGUGAUCGGUCAAGGGUGGGCAACCCCCAUUGCAAACACCACCACCGAGGGUGAAGUCGUUGUUCAAGGGAGGGUUUUGUACACGGGAAGUCAAUUGUGGAAAACGCGUAAUGUGAGCAAGGAACAAAUCAAGGUUCUUGCAGAGUUGAGAGAUGAAAAUGAAAUUUCAAUGUGGGGUGGGAAUUCCACCGCUCUUGAUAUUUUAGUCAAACCAGAUGCGGUGAAUCAUGUCAAAGAAAAAUUAAACGAGAGUGGAAUUACAUUUGAGGUUGUUAUUGAGGAUUUACAGAAGGCAAUCGAUGAGGAGAAUCCGACUGAAAUUGAGCUUGAUGAUCGACGAGGACACCGUCUCACAUGGCAAGCCUAUCAUCGAUUCUCCGACAUAUUAGGAUAUCUCGAUUAUUUAGCCGAAACUUAUCCCGAUUUAUGUACCGUCCAAACCAUUGGACAAUCAGUCCAAGGAAAUCCAAUCAAACUUUUGAAAAUUUCAAAUGGGAAUCCCGGAAAUAAAGCCAUUUGGAUGGAUGGUGGAAUCCAUGCAAGAGAAUGGAUAUCUCCAGCAACAGUCACAUUUAUUAUCAAUCAAUUCGUUUCGAAUUUCGAAUCGGAAUCUUCUGCAGUACAAAACAUAGAUUGGUACAUUACACCAGUGUUGAACCCUGAUGGUUACGAAUAUUCACAUACAAGAGAUAGAUUGUGGAGGAAAAACAGAAAAGGAGGAGGACAAUGUGCCGGAGUGGAUUUAAACAGAAACUUUGGGUACCGUUGGGGCGGCCGCGGCUCAUCCAAGAACCCCUGCACCGAAACCUUCGGGGGCUCAGGCCCCUUUUCCGAACCUGAAACUUCAGCCGUUCGAAAUUUCAUCCAAGGCAAUGGUGCCAACUGGAAAGCCUACAUUUCCUUCCACUCAUACGGACAAUACAUUCUAUACCCGUGGGGCUACGACAGAGUCGUGCCCCCCGACUACAAAGACUUGGAAAAUGUUGCAAGAAAAGUGGCUUCGGCGAUAAGAACGACCGGGGGAUCACAUUAUACCUUCGGCCCGGCGGCUAACACUCUAUAUCCGGCCUCGGGGGGCUCCGAUGAUUGGGCCAAAGGCAGCGCCAAAUUCAAAUAUUCCUACACGAUUGAAUUGCGAGAUAAUGGAAGAUAUGGGUUUGUGCUUCCGGCGGCUUAUAUUCAACCCACCGCAACUGAAGCUUUAGCUGCGGUGAGGGUGAUUGCAGAAGCAGCUGCAGCUGCUUAAAUUAUUUAUUUAAAUUUUAUUUUAAUUAAAAAAUAAAUAAACAAAAACGCUUAAA